UUCAGGGGAUAUAGACGUUUACGAAUAAGUUGCCGAAAUCCAAUCAGAGUGCAUAAAAACUAUUUACUUGUUAAAUUAAUUUGACCACAAGUUAUCUGACUGACGCCCCCUUGGGUAGUUGUACAAAUCUGUCAUGAUUGUGACCUUGACAGAAAAAAACACACUAGUAAAUUGCAUUAUGAUGCAUGCAUCCGUAUCCCUGCAUGCGCAUCGCGUGUACGUGCUGACAUGCACUGUGUAGACAGCGCCAUCUAUUUAGCAACUAGCACCGUCACCUGCGCUACAUGCGCCCUGGCCUGUACACCGACUAGCAGUAGCAAUGACUAGCUAGAAAGUUGGAAAUUUGACGUUCUCGGGCCGGAAGAGGGGCAGCUGAAAUCACUACAGCCUGCUCCAGCUGCUGUGUCAACGCAUGGAGUCCACCCUGUCUGACUCUCGUCUCGAUGGCAGAUUUGUAGUCCGAUUGAGGCCAUUUUUUUGUAGGACUAGAGCAUACCGCUAAGCCAAACGUGACAGCCCACUGGGGACGCACAGCAACCCAACCUACAUGCAUCCUAUAGACUCCAAAAACAAUGGAAAUAUGGAUCACAGUUUCUUUCGGAUGCUUUCGGGCCGGUUGUUUGGGAUCUUGCUAAAGACGUCGUCCCUGUGCGUUUACCGCUAUAAGUAGCACACUUCAAAAACUCCUGUGGAGAUUAAUUUCUUAUGACACACACUGCUCUCUCAUAGGUUUUUUCCCCUGGAAUCAUCAAGAUUUUUGUUGCACCAAAAGGCCUUGUCAAGACAAAGAAUAAAACUUAAAGAAUGGAAGUCGGUGAGAUAGAUGAUGUGAGCCAGCUGCCUGUCCAAGUGGACGUGUCCUCCCCAACUAGCUUUCAGUCUAAUGACACGGACGGCAUGGCCAAGUCGCCCCUGGGCCCCCACCGGACGGGAUCAGGAAAUAGAAUCGAUUUUCCAACAAUAGCCUGUAAGGUCUGUGGUGACCGAUCCUCAGGAGUACACUAUGGCAUCAUCUCCUGUGAGGGUUGUAAGGGGUUUUUCCGCCGCUGCCUACGGAGGCAGAAGGAAUACGUCUGCGUCCGCGGUGGGAAGUGUGAGGUGAGCCGGAACCAGCGGAACCGGUGCCCGGCAUGCCGGUACACCAAAUGCACGGAACUGGGCAUGUCCAAAGAUGCGGUGCGGAUAGGGAGAAUUCCUAACAAGCAGAAAGAGACGGAAUUUGCCGACAUCCAGCCUUUCACAAUCGAGGCAUUGCAGGAGCACGACGCGGACCAGUCCACACCAUUAAUAGAGGCGGACCCAGAGACCACGCAGCUGAUUGAGAACGUCGUCAAGGCCCACUCAGAGACCGCCAAGAAUUAUACCGAGUUUGACGACUUCUUAAAGGGAAACCUGGAGCUGCCGUGCCGAGUCCAUGACUGCAAGGACCUGAAGUCGGACUUGGAACUUAACAGUAUGAAUGGCCUGACGAUGUGGUGUUCUGUUGUCACACAAAUGCUGUCCCUGUUCAUCAAGAGAAUUGUCACCUUCUGCAAGUAUAUACCAGGUUUUGCCGUGCUAGACCAGCAGGACCAGAUGGUCCUGAUCAAGGGGGGCUUCUUUGAGAUCCUGACGGUGCAAGACAGCAUCGAGCUGGUGCUCUACGACGCCUUCAUGCUCAACAAGGAUUUGCUCAUCACCCGGCCCAACAUGCUCAAGUUCAUGCCCCCGGAGCUGGUGGAGUCACUCUACGAUUUCUCCCAACGGCUGCACCGCUUGCGGCUGACGUUGACCGAGUUGGCGCUGCUGUCUGCUAUUGUUCUGUAUGCCGACGACCGGGAGAAUUUGAUAGAUCGAAAGGCCAUCGCGGCCAUGCAGGCGAAGCUCCUGAUGGCACUCAAGGUGGAGGUGCAGCGCAACCACCGCUCAGACCCCCACAUGUUCGCCAAGAUCCUCCUGCGACUUCCCGAACUCCGCACAGUGGACAACCUGCACACCCAGUUCAUCAUGAAACUGCAACUGGGCGUCGGCCGCGGGGACCUGCCCAUCCCUGCCCUGUACAAAGAGGUGUACGACUUGGGCAUGGCGGGCUUGCAGGCCAAAGAGAGCCCUGCGGAGGACGUUGACGACGAUGACGAGAAGUCCCUGGACGGGGAGUCGGACAGCAUCCCAUCCAUCAAAAAGGAAAUUGAAGAAGAUUCUUCCCCAGCGGAGGGGGUUGAGGGGUUGGAACAGGGGGCAGAGCUUGUGAAAGAGGAGGCAAAUGAGACAAAACUGGACAAGCAUCAAAAGGACCUGGAGCAGAUUGCUCUCGUCGGUCCAGACGGUAUGGCCAGGCUCGCGAGGUCAAAGGUCAACAAGGUGGAUGCUGGCAGAUGCUGACGGAUACAUUUUCUGGAGGUUUGGUACAGGAGUACCUGGGGUUAAGUCAGAGGUCAAGACAUAAAGAUGGGGGAAAGGCAUGCAGCUGAGAUUUCAGGGUUGUUAGAAUGGGAUCGCAAGUCAGAGGUUGGGGUUCAGAGUUCGUGGUACCUGAGUUCAUUGGUCAUCAAGACAUGAUGACAGGGAAAAGCAUGCAGGUGAGAUUUUAGGGUUGGCUAGAAUGGGGGUCUUAGGUCAGAGGUGGGGGUCAAAGGUUAUGGAACCUGAGUUCAGAGGUCAAGACAUGGAGAAAGGCAUGCAGCUGAGAGUUGAAGGUUGGUUAGAAUUGGGUGGUAAGUCACAGAUGGGGGUUCAAAGGUCGGGGAACCUCAAACCACAUGAAGAAGCUACUUUGAAAUACAAAGGGUUACUUGAUCCCUGAUCUGACAAGUUAAUAGGGGUAAGAAAAAGCUAGGAACAGCUGUGGAAGAUUUGAAUUUGGCCAAAACAACCGCUUUGAGAAUCGACCAGUAACUCAUUGGAUCCCCCCUUCCUCGCCAAUCCCGUUCCAUCACGAGAUGCAGUAAGAUCACCUUACGUCAACAUGUGCUUGUAACCGCUCUUUAAAAUGGUACCCACUUAAAAUCGUCUAGCCUUACAAGUUUUGUAAUAUUUGCCUUUUUGUGGUUUGUUAGAGAAAAGGGUACUGUUAAAGAGGUUGUGGAAUGCUCCAAGACAUUUCCGUCAUUUUUUUGGGUAUAUGUAG